GUCAACAUCGUUUUGUGUCACGUCGCCUGGAAGGAAGCAGGAGGAUGCCUCUUCGAUUACAGAUUAGACACCUUUGAAGUUAAUAGAACUGCAUGAAUUACGACAGCUUAUUCAAUCGCUGAAUUGAUGCAUCUAGUCGUAAGAGAGAUGGAUGAGAAAGAGAAUGUUAGCCUUUGGCUCUGUUUACCAGAGAGUCUUGUGGUUAACAUCUUCUCAUACCUAACCUCAUCUGAACUGCAAAGGGCGGGCUGCUCCUGUCGGACAUGGCUAAGGAUCAGCCAUGAUGAGCUUCUUUGGAAGAAUUUGUUGUACAGAGAGUGGAAAAUAAAUAGAGAAAUCCCUCUUCCUUCUGGACAUUCUUCUUAUUACCGGGAGUUCCGGAGACUACACUAUCGAGUUCCUACAAAAUGCAUGCAGGUAUUGACUGAUCAUAAUGACCAGGUUCUACAUGUCAGCUUCUCACACAAUGGCAAACUAUUUGCUUCCUGCUCCAAAGAUGGGACCAUCAAGGUUUGGAAAAGUGGUCCACCAGCCAGUUUGAAGUAUUCACACAACAUGAAGGAACAGUUCAGAUGGCAGUUCACUCAGUUUUCUCAGUUUAACAGCAGUGAUACCUUGCUGCUUGUAUCAGGGGUUCACUUUGGUCCAAACAGUACCUCAGGAGAGAUUGCUGUAUUCAAUGUAAAAGAGGACUUUGCGCUUCAAGCAAGAGUGCAGAACAAACCGUAUGAUAUCUUUGGAUGUUGGCUGAACAACUCCUACCUGUUAUCAGGCAACCUCCACUACCUGGGUCAGCUAUCAUCCUGCUCUGCACUCUGGUUGAACAAAGCAACACAGGAAGUGGACUCUGAGCAGGAAUCUGUGGUGAUGAGGUUGUUCAAAUUCCUGAACAUGAAUGCCAGUACUGUUAGAGGAAUCACUGUAGCAAACUGUAGGAACCUGGGCAAGGGGAAAGAACUUCUGUUGAAGCAGUUGAAACUGGAAAGCAGCAAAGAGGCGAAGGAGGAGGGAGAUACAGAGAAAGCGAGCGAGGAGCAGAGUACUGCUAGUAGGAUUGUGAGCUCAAGUGAAAGUGAACCUGAUGUUAAAGUUAGUAGUGCCUAUGAAAGUGAUACGGAGCUGACAGCGAGUGAACCGGAUUUGGAUCAGAGAAAACACCAUCAUCAAGACAAGGGUGAUGUCAAGGAAAGAGCUGAAGCAGAGGAUGUUGCCGGGCCAAGUAAAGCUGAAGUAGACAUGGUGGACGAUUCCUUACAACCUGAGAUGGAAGUGAAGGAAUCAACCUCAAGCGAUUUGAAAAAGUUAUCGAGACAAAGUGCUCAUGCAACCAAACACAAAUCUGUUAGUGAAGCACACUCUAGAACUCAUCCAUUAAAACGAGAAGCAAGUGACUCAUCUGUGACCCCACCUGGGUCAUUCCGUAAAAGUUUGCGUAAAGAUGGUGAGAGACACAAUGCUGCAAAAACAAAACAGGCAGCUUCAGCUGAGCAACCAAGUGAAACAGAGACAAGUCAUAGCAGACUGUGGUAUAGGGUACGCAACGCUGAAAUGAGGCGUGGUCGGCAGAAUGUCGACGAAGACCUCAUGAAGAUUUUGAUCUAUGGGGUGGAGCCAGAGUGUCCUGAAGACAUUCAGAGACUCCCUAGACAUUCUCCAGGAAGAAACAUUGGUGGUCCAUCUACAAGUCAUGGUGACCCGCAUAGUCUUAGAACUGAAGAAGCCACUGGGGUUAGUUCACGCUGCAGUUCUACAGACACUGUCCUAUCUAGCACAGAUACUGACUAUACCUCAUUAACCUUUGCAGGAGAAAGUGGCAGUGGAAGUGACAUUGUACGAGCCUGGGGUAAGAAGUUUACUUUUGGAAGCACAGAGAGUUUAGAUGACGAAUCACUAGUCAAAUUAACCUCAAAAGCAAAACCGAGUCAAAAGACACUCGAAAGAGCUGCAACAUCAACCGGAGAGCAGGAGGCGGAAUUCACGAACAACCUAUCCAGCAGUAGCCAGUCUGACUCGCAGGAGAUUGCUCAGAGAUCCAAGAUCAGGCGACGUAGGACGUUGCAGAAGGAGGACAGCCAGAACAAGCACCUGAUCUUCAUGAGAGGGGCUGUUGCGUACACACCUCACCAGAUAUGUAUUAAACACAUUGACUCCCAUAUGAUGGAUACAGUCAAAGGACCAUUGGGUGUUUCCAAACAACUUGAUGAUCAAAUAAGAUUGGGUGAGGUGGCUUUAGGACCAGUCGCAGGGGAUGAGAAUCAUCAGAAUCCUAGACCUCAGUUAGAGUUUGACAAGGUGGAUCAUGUCAUAGACUUGCAUGGACAGAUCCUAGGACUUACUUUGUCUCCAGAUCAUAGGUUUCUGUGUGUGAAUUGCCGCUCCUGGCCCAAAGACUAUCAUGUAGCAGAUGCCUUAGCCCCGCCUCCUAUAGCACAGGAAAUAGAAGUACGCAUGUACGACCUUUACACCUUGAUGGAGGUCAAACGGUUCCGAGGUCAUCGGGCAUUUUCUCCCAAUGAUGAAUGUAACAUUAUAUUUCUUAGUGUCAGUGAUCUCUAUGUCGCUAGUGGAGCAGAAGACAGACAGGGUUAUAUCUGGGACCGACAUUACGGCAUUCUUUUGGCUCGUCUACCUCACACAGACAUGGUUAACUGUGUUUGCUUCAAUCCAUUUGAUUCAGAGAUGCUUAUCUCGGCUAGUGAUGAUCACACUCUCAAAUUAUGGUAUUCUAGGAACAGAGUUGAACAGAUGGGCGGUCUUUGAUGUUAAGCAUUCUAUUGCUCCUGUGUAGAUAUGUUGACCAUGUACGUUAAAGAUAUUGUUAGUAGAGAAAAUAACUAAAACCAUGCACUAAAAGUCUUAAAAUCAUUGGGCAAAAAACUUUUUUUUUCCCUAUCUAUGUAGUCUGCAUGGUAAAUUCAGUAUUCAAUAAUACCCUUAGAAAUGUUGGACAACCAAAAAGAUUAUUUUGAAAUUCAUGAAAUAAUUGAGUCGAAUUGGCAGUGCCGUCAGAAGCAGUGAUGCUAUCUCCCUGUGAAUCGGGUACCUGUUAGCAUGCUUGUGAAAAAAAAAAUGUUUAUUUUGAAUAGAGACAAAUUGCCUAUUUGAUUAUUACAGAUUUGAAAUGCAAAGGAUUUUUAACAGUCAACUUUUUAUAUUCUUU